AUGGCGCCGCCGCGCCUGCGGCUAGCUUUAGUCGUCGGGUUAGUUCUGCAACUGGGGGCAGGCAUAGCGAAUGUCUCGGAAGGGGACUCGGAUACCGAAAAGUUCAGGACGAUCCAGGAUGCCGUUAAGCAAGAAGGCACCGAAGGUAUCGUACACGAGUGGAGUGGUAUGAUGGUUUGCUGCUCUGCAUCCGUCAUGCUGGCGCUGCUGAUCGGCAACUUCCUCCACGUUUGCGAGGUGAGCAUCAUCAGCGAAUCGAGCGUUAUCAUCCUGGUGGGUUUCCUGCUUGGCACGGUUCUGCCGACAGAUGGGUCUAUACUUUGUUGGGCGAUGGGAACUGUCGACGUCGAGACGGAGGGCUUGGUGAUGGCUUCCUUCUUGAACCUUUUCCUGCUGCCAGUGAUCAUUUUCGAGGCUGGCUGGUCCAUGAUGCACCGCGACUUCAUCAACCAGCUGCUAACAAUUCUGACAUUUGCAGUGCUGGGCACGCUCAUCUCGAUGGUAGUGGUUGGAAGUCUCAUUCUCUCAACCUGCCACAUUCAUGGGAUAUGCAGCGCACGCACAGCAUUCACCUACGCAGCCCUGAUCUCGGCAGUAGAUCCCGUGGCCACCCUUGCCACAUAUGCGCAUUUGCAAGUUGACCCGCUUCUCAACAUCAUCGUGUUUGGAGAGUCUGUUGCGGCUUGCUUGCAAAGUUGGAGGACCUUGCGAACAAGAAUUGAACGAGGGCGAACGAGGAGAGGGAGGGAGAGAUUGAGAGGGAGGGAGAGAUUGAUGACAGUGCUGUGA